ACGCUGACGUCGACUUCUUCUCCAAAAUGGCGAAGUGGACCUCAGACAAGCAAAUUAGUUGGUGCAGUUCUACUUUGUUGUUAAAAAAACGCACUGUAAGCAUGGCUCAAACAAAAUCCAGAUUGUUGGGAAACAAUUUUAUUUUAUUCUUGAUGAUAUCGUCCAUGAUGCACAUGGUAUUGGCUGACGGAAAGACGCUCGUUUUGUUGGACAACCUCAACAUCAGAGAUACCCAUGCAAUCUUCUUCCGCAGUCUGGCAGAUCGUGGCUUUGACCUUUCAUUCAAGACUGCAGAUGAUCCUUCUCUUUCCCUGAUCAAAUAUGGCCAAUUUCUCUAUGACCACCUCAUCAUCUUCUCCCCAUCCGUGGAAGACUUUGGUGGCAACAUCAGUGUUGAGACAAUCACUUCCUUCAUCGAUGGUGGAGGCAAUGUCCUGGUUGCUGCAAGCUCUGAUAUUGGUGACCCUCUGAGAGAGAUAGGCAGUGAAUGUGGAAUUGAGUUUGAUGAGGAGAAGACUGCUGUCAUUGAUCAUCACCAUUACGAUGUGUCAGACCCUGGUGAGCAUACCCUGAUUGUUGCUGAUCCAGACAAUCUUCUGAAGGCUCCCACUAUUGUUGGGAACCCCAGUGACAAACCCAUCCUUUUCAAGGGUGUUGGCAUGGUGGCAGACCCAGAUAACCCCCUGGUCCUGGACAUUCUGACUGGCUCCUCCACCUCAUACUCCUACUUCCCUGACCGACCCAUCUCUCAGUACCCCCAUGCUGUUGGAAAGAACACUCUUUUGAUUGCUGGGCUCCAGGCCAGGAAUAACGCCCGAGUGGUAUUCAGUGGCUCACUGCACUUUUUCAGCGACGCCUUCUUCAACGCCGCUGUUCAGAAGGCCACACCUGGCUCCCAGAGGUACGCUCAGACUGGGAACAUGGAAUUAGCCGAGGCUCUGUCCCGUUGGGUGUUCAAGGAAGCCGGUGUACUCCGAGUGGGAGCCGUUACACAUCAUCCUGUGGGGGAGAGCACCCCUCCUGCAGCUUACACCAUCACAGACCUUGUGGAGUACAGCGUUGUAAUUGAGAUGCUGUCCGAGGGCAGCUGGAUUCCCUUUGAUGGGGAAGACAUCCAGUUGGAGUUUGUGAGAAUCGACCCCUUCGUCAGGACCUACCUCAAGAAAAAUAGAGAUAAAUACAGUGUCCAGUUCAAGUUGCCUGAUGUGUAUGGAGUGUUCCAGUUCAAGGUGGACUACAACAGGCUAGGCUACACACACCUGUACUCCUCUACUCAGGUGUCGGUGCGUCCUCUGCAGCACACGCAGUAUGAGCGCUUCAUCCCCUCAGCGUUCCCUUACUACGCCAGUGUCUUCUCCAUGAUGGGAGGACUCUUUGUCUUCAGCAUAGUCUUCCUUCACAUGAAAGAAAAGGAAAAAUCAGACUAGGGAGAUGAAACGCUUAUUAAAUUAGGAGGGAGGGGUGGUAGAUUAAGAAUUUGCCUUAUUGGGGUGAAGGUUCUUGGUUGCUUAAAUCAUCUGGAAGAGUCUGCAAGAAGAGUUGGUGAGAAUUGAACAUGUUGCUUCUCUAUUGGUUGUGGGGGAAUUUAAUGAGGGCUUUGCAGGCAAACUAAUUCAGCUGUGGCUGAGAUUUUUUGUAAUUCUGAAAAUAAUACACUUGUGCACAGAUCAUUUGAGUGAUUAUUUUACACAUCUCUGAAUUCAGUCAGCAAUUGGAUAUGGUUGCUUCACGAUCUCAAUAACAGAUGGAACACUUGUUUGGAAAAAUCCCAUGAAUGUAUGUUUAUCCCACCCCCUUGUGUAUGAGGAUAAAAACAUCUUGAUGCAGUACAUGCACUGAAUAUGUGUUUUGUCUGAUCAAAUAGUCUUGCCAAUAGAAACACUAACAUGUUUGCAACAAACAUUACACAAAUCCUUAAACUACAAUAAAAUGUUGACAUUC